AUGUACACCACCUUUUUCAACACAGACCUCGUCCCUGCAAUUGCGUCAAUUGACCACACCGGGUACAUCAUGGCUGCGUUGACCUCGAAGUGGCCAGCUAUCCGCAUCAUAUCGUGCUAUAUCCAUUUGAAGCGCAACGUGCGGCGCCACAAGCACUUGUUGAUCAACAAUGACAACUACGACAAAGUCAAGGGAGAUAUGCAUAUGUGGCUCGCACGGACGUGGCACCAAUUCCAAAUCAUUUCAACCACUUACAUGUGGACGUGGAGCACGAAACUCGGCGAAGUGACGUUUUCGCAAUGGUUUAACGAGACCUAUCUCACUCCACCCUGGGAUCUGUGGUUUUCUACAGCGUCUGGAUGUACAGGUGUCGUCGCCCAUCAACAGCACAUUGAAAGACACCACAAGGGAAUCAAGACACUGCGGGCCUUGACCAGUGUGGUACUCCAACACACCAUUCCCAGGGUGCUGGUGUCCGAUCAAAUCGCGACGGACACGAGUCCAGGGCUUUGGGCAGCCUGCCCCAUUUCAACAGAAGUCCUCGAGAAGGCGUUGACGUUGCAAUCCUCAAUCAAUCACCUCAUCGACUCGACAAACACACACAAUCUGGUCAGAUCAACCGAAAAGUCCAUCAAAGAUGUCCUCCUAAGUCUUCAUGCGGUUACUGUUAACACCGACGUCCAUAUUCGCGACGACAUGCUCGCGCUGACACCAUUCAAAUUCGACGAGCUAGUCUAUUGCGCCAAGAUACUACUCAAGUGGCUGGCUUUGCUCGCACACAGUGGCGUGCUUGGCAAUCAUCGAUGGUUUCAACAUCGAUGCAAGACUGCGGACAUUGCCGCAGCGAAAACAGAACGGAAGGCCGCGACAUCCACAAGGUGGUCUGUCAGUUGA